GGCAAGAACGCAAAAUAUUACGUACAUGUAUAUUGAUCAUAGAAACACUAUUUCAGUUUACAACUCAAAUGACAUCUUCUAAACUCAUGCAAACUAUUCUCAAAAACCCAUCUUCAAUUUCUUCAAAAUCCCAAGCAAAACAACUUCAUGCCCAGAUCAUCAAACUCAAAGGAUUCAACCCAUAUUAUAUUUCCACUCUUCUUUCUAUCUACUCUAACCUCAAUUUUUUACCUGAAUCCAUCAAUCUCUUUCAUACCCUUCAAUCUCCCCCUCUUCUUGCUUGGAAAUCUAUCAUUAGAUGUUAUACUUCUCUUGGGUUUUUCAUUGAAUCUUUGAAUUGUUUCAAUCAUAUGAGAGUUUCUGGGUUACACCCAGAUCAUAAUGUUUUUCCUUCUGUUGUAAAAUCAUGCACUUUUUUGAAAAGUUUGAAGCUUGCUGAAUCUGUUCAUGCUUGUAUUAUACGUGUUGGUCUCGAUAUUGAUAUUUAUACUGGUAAUGCAUUGAUGAAUAUGUAUUCAAAAUUGGAGAGUUUGAGUGAGAAAUUCGAGGACAACGGUAAUGCCUUCCAUGUGUUCGAUGAAAUGCCUCAAAGAAAAUUGAAUUGCAGGAGUUGUGAUGAUUUGUCUAGCACUAAAGUUGAGGACAAUGUGGUUGAUGGGGUUGAGUUUGAUUUUGAUGUAAUGGGUAGUACUGGUUUGAAUUACAGUCGUAGUAAGGGUAGGGGACCGGGUUUUCGAAAGAGUGGCGUGCAGAAAGUAUUUGAUGUCAUGCCUGUUAGGGAUCUUGUUUCUUGGAAUACAGUUAUUGCAGGAAAUGCACAAAAUGGGAUGUUUGAAGACGCUUUAGCUAUGUUAAGGGACAUGGGAAAGGCGAACCUUAAGCCGGAUACUUUUAGUUUGUCAAGUGUUCUUCCAAUGUUUGCAGAACUUGUGGAUGUUGUUAGAGGGAAAGAGAUUCAUGGUUAUGCUAUUAGAAAUGGAAUCGAUGUCGACUUGUACGUUGGAAGUGGAUUGAUUGACAUGUAUUCUAAGUGCAAUCAAAUAGAGAAUGCAUACAGGGUGUUUAUGCUUUUACCUUCUCGUGAUAGCAUUUCUUGGAACUCUAUUAUUGCUGGAUGUGUUCAAAAUGGACAAUUUGAUGAGGGUCUAAAAUUGUUUAGAAAAAUGGUAAUGGCGAAAGUUAAGCCUGGGAGUGUUUCAUUUUCGAGCAUCAUUCCUGCUUGUGCUCAUCUAACAACUUUACGUUUGGGUAAGCAGUUGCAUGGUUACAUUAUGAGGUGUGGAUUCGAGGAAAAUGUGCUUAUUGCUAGUUCGUUAGUUGACAUGUAUGCAAAAUGCGGGUACAUCAAGCUUGCUAGGUGUAUAUUCAAUAACAUGAAACUACAUGACACUGUGUCAUGGACAGCAAUGAUCAUGGGAUACGCUUUACAUGGGCAUGCUCACGAUGCCAUUUCCUUAUUCAAGCAAAUGGAAAACGAGGGAGUAAAGCCCAACUCUGUUGCUUUUGUAGCUCUUUUAACAGCCUGUAGUCAUGCUGGAUUAGUAGAUGAAGCCUGGAAUUACUUUAACAGCAUGAUUCAUGAUUAUAAACUAUCCCCACAGUUGGAGCACUAUGCUGCUGUAGCAGACCUUCUUGGCCGAGCUGGAAGGUUAAAAGAAGCUUAUGAUUUUAUUUGUAAGAUGUCUUCUCCUAGCAGCAGUAUUUGGUCCACGUUGCUUUCUGCUUGUCGAGUGCAUAAAAAUGUCGAUAUGGCUGAAAAAGUUGCAAGAGAAAUAUUCAGAGUUGAUCCUAGUAACAUUGGGGCUCAUGUCCUCUUAUCAAACACGUAUUCUGCUGCUAAGAGAUGGAAAGAUGCUGCAAAUGUGAGAAUAACUAUGAGGAAUAAAGGGCUAUUGAAAGAAGCAGCUUGCAGCUGGAUUGAAGUGAAGAACAAAUUAUAUGCUUUCGUGGCAGGAGAUAAAUCUCAUCCAUGUUAUGAAAAGAUAAAGGAGGCUCUAGAAAAGUUACUAGAGAAGAUGGAGAAAGAAGGAUAUGUUCCUGAUACAGGCGAAGUGCUCCAUGAUAUUGAUGAGGAGCUCAAGAAGAGUCUGCUCUAUAAUCACAGUGAGAGAUUAGCAAUAGCAUAUGGCAUCAUAAGUACUCCAGAGGGAGCAACGAUUUGCAUAACCAAGAAUAUACGAGUGUGUAGUGAUUGCCAUACAGCGAUAAAGUUCAUAUCUAAGAUUGUUAAAAGAGAAAUAAUCGUUAGAGAUAAUAGCCGGUUUCACCAUUUCAAAGAUGGUAACUGUUCAUGUGGAGACUAUUGGUAGCGCGAAUGAACUUACAGAUUUACAGCAUUGUAAAUGGCCAAAUACUUGGCAAACAAGACUGUCAUAGUUCAUGUUAUUUGGUUGCAAAUUGACAGUAACUUGCUAGCAUAUACAAUUUAAAAUAGAGCUGCAUGUUUCUGGCAGCUACCACAAUUUGGUCCAAAUGUGGAUGUCAUGGGAUGAGACUAAGUUUUACACUGGCUGACACUGGCCUACCGAAACCCUCCUCCGUUAUUCAGGCUUGGGAUUGGCAGAGGGAAACCCAUUGGCGGAGUUAACUUGCUCCACUUCUGGGUUCUAGCAAAUUUUUUGGGUCUUGAAUUUCUGCCCAAAUGAACAAAAUUGCUUAAAAUUGGAUUUUGAGAUGAAGAAGUCGUGCUGAAUAAUGGUUCAGCAACUGGGAUGCAAAGUUCAUCCCAAAUCCAGAAAAUCAGGCCAGGCCAGUCUGACCUGCUCAAUAACAGACUCUCAGAUGAAGCAGAGACUUCAGAAUUGCACAGACGUGUAAACGAUGCAAUUGUUGUAGAAGUAUCAAUUUUGCUUGAUUAUUUGAUGGUCUUUGCAGUUAUUGUAGGCUGUAAAAUAUCGUUUUGCUUGACAUUAUAGUCAAUACUCAUUAACUACCUUUUUUCUUGUACAUAAUUCACAUCAAGUGGCAGCGAAUUAGCGAUGAUUGUUGGAUUGUUCAUCAUUCAUAUGUGAUCUCAGCUACUUGAGCUUGAACAGAGUUUGUAAUUAGAAUGUACUAGAAAGUAAAUCAAUGUAAUAGAUUUGACAACAAAGUUGAAAAGUACUUCAAUUCCAUGAAAUGUUUCUGUCA